UAUGUUUUAAACCUCCGAAAAAAAUACCAAAAUAGCCAUCAAAUACGAAAUAAACUGUAGUUGAAAAGAAGUAGAAGAACUGGUGUCGCUUUUCUGACGAGAAAUGGGAAAUAUUUGCUGGAAUUAGGCUUUUUAGAGCGAAUGUUGUGGUUCACAGAUAUGAUAUGAUUGAUAUCUACUAGCUUGUUCUGAGAUCCUUUUUUUGUGGUAGCUUUUAGCUGUCACCGAUGUUUUGGUCUGGGAGAAGUAUGAACAAUAUCAUGAGGUAAUUUUAAAGACAUGCAGGAUCUAGUAUACAGUUGUGUUUGAGCUCAAAAUCUUGUCAAGAAGAUGGAAGAAACGUACCAACAAGCUAUGGAUAACAGAAAUGAAGGAGAGAACCUGCUCCUACGCAAAACUCAAGGAGACCUUCUUCAGAAGCUCAGACAACUUCAACAAUGGCGACAACAAAAGGAAGAACAUCUUUUACAAGACAAGGAGAAGCAAAUGAGCUUGCUCCGGGAUAAGGAAAAACGACUUCAAGCAGUUCAAGAGUACCAGAGAAGGAUUCUCCAGAAUAACAACCUGGUGACAAGUGGAAUUGACAAUGCAACUUGUUUUCCUGUUGAACCUCCCAGUUUCAACGAGAGGCUAUUGCCAAGGGGUCUUGUGGAAGUUGGACCAGUUGCUCCUGGAUUGAAUUACUCAAAGAAUGUUCUAUUAUCUCCACAACAUUUUACAGCCACAUCAGCUAAUAUGGUAAAGUCAAGCUUUUUAACUAGUAAACUAAUGCCCGUUACUUGA